AUGGAGUGUAACUGCCUGGUCUUUUCGGGAAGAAGUUCGCAUCAUUUCCCUAAGUUUGGUUUCAAGCCCAGUGUAUGGUCCUCUCGCAACGCCUCUCACGAUGAUCCUAAGCACUCGCCAGCUUCCCCAGUCCGGGCAACCACCGUUACAAGAAAGAGGCGUUCUGCUGCUGGAAACCUCCACCAUCACCAUCCGUCGCCGUUGACCUCAUGUGCUGUCGCUAAGCCACGACCUCAUCAGCGAAAUGUCAUUAGGAAACGGCGCCGGAGCAGGGUCAAGGCCAGAACUUCGUUCAUCAGAUCCUCCACCAGUGGCACCGCUUCCCUCGGGGCUAAACGCAAUCGAGCUCCAAAAUCAAGAGUAGCCGGGAGAAACAAUCGGAACGGGUCUGAGUGCGGCCGAGGUAAGGAGGCUGGGAAGCCCAAGGGGCUACACAACUGGGUCACUCGGCAUAUUCUCAGUUCCAAAGACGAUAAUGCCGCCGACGCUUCCCAAAAUGGACGCAGCAAGGCUCUCGACAUCAGUCACCCAAUACCACUAAAUGCAGGUAAUGACAACAAUACUCCGGCAACACUUCGACAGGGUUUGGGACCCCCUGACACCGACCAAAGCCAAUACUCGCUGAUGCAGAUGCCCGAAGUGCCAAGCGAGCCUCUUGUUUGGUUACAGGCUUCUCGCCCCUUCAUAAGUUUUGCCGACCAUGCCACCACCGGAUUCCAAGGCAUGCCUGUGGCACAUUCAGAAUAUGCCCACGUUGGCCCCCUUGAUAGCAACAUGGGCUGCGAUGGCACAGCCUCGGCAGAUGGUUUUCAGCCACAAACGCCUCGAGUCACACAGCCAAUCAUCAACCGCAAGCCUAUUCCUUCCCAGGGCCAAGACGCAGAGAGAGCAAGGCAUCGAGGUCGUGAGCAUAUUGCUUUGGUGUCUACACUCCCAACAUCCAAACGAGAGAAGAGGUUCGGCCUGGCUGAUCCCACGGUCUGGGGCUCUGUGUCCCGCACACUUUCUCAGCAGCACAAGCUCUCCGAAAUCAUAUCACCGGAGAGAUCGGACAAGUCAUCCUCUAUUCUAAUAGAGGCACAGUCGAGAUCGUCAAGCAAUCGAAAGAAACUAAACCGUUUCACCAAAGAGCUUGAAAGGUAUAAUGCGGCUCAUCCCAAGCCUCCUGAUUCGUCUUCAGGGGCGCUACCUUCUAGCCCGUCAGUCAAGACAGUCAGCGCACUUGUCCCCUACCGUUGCGAGUUCGCUGCAGCCGGGCUUGCUGUUACAUCCAAGGAGCAAAAAGAACUCCCACACUCGAAGGCAUCUCACCUCUCAAGGAUUAGUCUUCAUAGGCAGGUCAUACGACCUCCAGGCUCACCUAUAGCCUCUCAAUUAAACGGCGAGGCAUGGGGACGUGGGGCGACUCCAAACAGCAACGGGUCAAGCAGUUCAUCAGAUAUCCGCAUCACUCCACCUAGUGGCAUUCCAGGGCUACUGGCGGAUGAUAUAUUUCCCACUCCAGAGAUUGAGAGAAAACCGAAAUCUCCCCCCAAGAUACUGCCGUGGCUUUGUUACCCGGCAUCCGAGACGUCAGUAUCUGACGACAAGGCCCAUGACAGAAACAAUGAAAACGCGCCCCAAUUUAAACUUUUUCAUGGUCCUACAUGUUCUGUCCCUACAGCGGUGCAAACUUCUCCACGCAAAGGCAAAUCACCCUCGAGGGAGUGGGCUGCCACUGAGAGAGUUGCUACACCAGGUUCAAGAAGUCCAGCUAAAGGAAUUGUUGAGAAAAAUGGCCCCGGCAGCAUGCCUCGGAGAAAAUCAUCGUGGAAGGCACCGCCAAUCCCUGUCAAAUCAGCAGCGCGACCCAUAGAGAGAUCAGGCCCGAGGCAGGUCUUGACCGAGCAUCCCGCCAUUUCUUCAACCAAGAAGGCGAUUCCGGAUCAUGAAAAGUGCUUAUCGGGCCAGCACACGGAGGAGAUUCUGACCACUCCUCCGCCUCAGAGUAACAAGUUAAAGACCAGGCCAAAUACUAUAGCUCGUCAAAGGAUCUCGCAGUCGGCAAGCAACGGAUCACCUAGGAUUAUAGGUGUAAAACGUCAACCUCGAGUUUUGCCCGAACUUCGCUCGUCCAACACCCGUCAGCAGCCUUCUCCCAUCCCUGAAGAGCUCGAAGCAUCUCCAUCAUCGACCAUGGGUUUUAACAAGCCGCUACCCAAGACACCUCCAGAACAGCAGAAGGCCUCUCCUACCGAACAGAAAGCCAUCAACGACGCCAGAUAUACCAACAACACACCGAAACAAGCAAAGGACUUAGCGGAAAUAGCGCCGGAGACGAGCCCAAAGUACCAACGCAUGAGCGCUAGAUCACCCCCAAAAUUACCACACACCUGGAAGUACGCAAUUAUUACGGAUUCAUCCUUUGAAGAGGCGCUUGACGCAGUUCUGCAUAAAUUAGAAGCCCUGGACGGCGCCGCCGCUGCCGCCAAAAUGCCCACUCUACCGUCAGCCACUCCACCUCACACCGAGCAGCCAGCGCCUGAUCCGCCUAUUAUAAGCAUCACGGAGCCGACGCCAGAGUCCCAGGAUCACGCUCGAUUCGGGCUAAAGGCUUCUGUCGAGGAUUCACCUAGUCCUGCUCAGCUUAACAAUCCACUCUCCUCGGCGACUGCUCCCAAUAACGCUAUUAAGGUGGCGGUAAAUCCAUCACCAGAAGACAAAGCAGGAGGGAACGAGUCAGACUGGGAAGAUCAGCUAGAGGCGCCGCCAGCGUGCAAGGAGCGGCCACUUGCUCCUCAUGAGACGUUUGUGGAUCAACGGGACCGCGAUAUUUGCGACAGAGAUGUUCUCAAGGGGCUCAGGCUGGCCAUAGAGGCAGCCUGUGAUGAAGAAUUCGACGCGUGGAUUCAAAACCAGACGGGCCUUAGGUUGCGGCGCUUUUUGGCUGAUCUCAAAGGGUUUGAAGGGCUACGGAGAGAUGCUGAGGCCAUCGCCGAGGCCGAGGAGGCGGCGAUUAGAGCGGCGGCCCAGGACUACCAACCGGCGCGGAGGCGGAGGGCGGAACAGAGGAGACAGGCGGCUAUUAGUAGGCUUAGUGAUGGGAAGGAUAGGAAAAAAGGUGCUUGUUAA